AUGAAUUCCGGACAGCAGUACGACUUGAACAAGCAUCUGUCCCGGUUUCUCGCCAUCCCCUGGUGCGCCAAGCACCUACAGGCGCCGGGGACUGAGGUGAUAUUGCCGCCGGGCCGGACCCCAGAUCAAGGCGGGGAAGAGGAGCUCUGGGCCCGGACGCUCAACACGCCAGAGACGUUUCCAGCCUUUAUCGCAUUCUACCGCCGGCCUGCGGCAGACCGCGGCCAACAAGAUGGCAUCGCAAAGGUGGACAGAGUCGACGGUCUGGCCGCCGUGGGCCGGGGACUCGCGGGGUUUCCAGCAAUGAUGCAUGGCGGCAUCGUGGCGACGCUCCUCGAUGGCAUUGCCGGGCUGGUCCCGGGCGUCAAUCAGCAAGUCGGCGUGUUUCCCGAUACUCGUCCCGGGUAUUUUGAUGCUUACGGCUUUGCUGGUCCGGCACGAAGGUCGUAA